AUGCACCACCUGCUGGAGCAGCCCGCGGACAUGGCGACAGCGCUGCUGGCGGGCGAGAAGCUGCGGGAGCUCAUCCUGCCCGGCGCCCAGGACGACAAGGCGGGCGCGCUGGCCGCGCUGCUGCUGCAGCUCAAGCUGGAGCUGCCCUUCGACCGCGUGGUCACCAUCGGCACAGUGCUCGUGCCCAUCCUGCUCGUCACGCUCGUCUUCACCAAGAACUUCGCCGAGGAACCCAUCUACUGCUAUACCCCUCACAACUUCACCCGUGACCAGGCCCUCUAUGCACGUGGCUACUGUUGGACAGAGCUUAGGGAUGCCCUGCCAGGGGUGGACUCCAGCCACUGGCCCUCCCUCUUCGAGCACAAGUUCCUGCCUUAUGCCCUGCUGGCAUUUGCUGGCAUCAUGUACGUCCCUGCCCUGGGCUGGGAGUUCCUGGCCUCUACCCGCCUCACCUCCGAGCUCAACUUCCUUCUCCAGGAGAUCGAUAACUGCUACCACCGGGCAGCCGAGGGCCGGGCCCCCAAGAUCGAGAAGCAGAUCCAGUCCAAGGGUCCCGGCAUCACGGAGAGGGAGAAGAGGGAGAUCAUCGAGAACGCAGAGAAGGAGAAGAGUCCCGAGCAGAACCUGUUUGAGAAGUACCUGGAGCGCCGGGGGCGCAGCAACUUCCUGGCCAAGCUCUACCUGGCUCGGCACGUGCUCAUCCUCCUCCUCAGCGUGGUCCCCAUCAGCUACCUGUGCACCUACUACGCCACGCAGAAGCAGAACGAGUUCACGUGCGCGCUGGGCGAGCCUCCCGACGGCCCGCGGGGCUCCGUGCGCGUCAGCUGCAAGCUCCCCUCGGUGCAGCUCCAGCGCAUCAUCGCCGGCGUCGACAUCGUCCUCCUGUGCUUCAUGAACCUCAUCAUCCUCGUCAACCUCAUCCAUCUCUUCAUCUUCCGGAAGAGCAACUUCAUCUUCGACAAGCUGCACAAGGUGGGCAUCCGCACCCGCCGCCAGUGGCGCCGCUCCCAGUUCUGCGACAUCAACAUCCUGGCCAUGUUCUGCAACGAGAACCGCGACCACAUCAAGUCGCUCAACCGCUUGGACUUCAUCACCAACGAGAGCGACCUCAUGUACGACAACGUGGUGCGGCAGCUGCUGGCCGCCCUGGCCCAGUCCAACCACGACGCCACCCCCACCGUCCGGGACUCGGGCAUCCAGACGGUGGACCCCAGCGCCAACCCCGCCGAGGGCGACUCGGGGGAGCCCCCCGUCGUCAAGCGCCCCCGAAAGAAGAUGAAGUGGAUCCCCACCAGCAACCCCCUGCCCCAGCCCUUCAAGGAGCAGCUGGCCAUCAUGAAGGUGGAGAACCACAAGGCAGACAAGCCCAAGCCCGUGAGGAGGAAGACGGCCACCGACACCCUCAUCGCCCCCCUCCUGGACGCCGGGGCCCGGGCCACUCACCACAAGGGGGCCGGGAGCGGAGACCCUGCGGCCCCCGGCUCGAGCUCUGCCCCGCCGUCCGCGAGCAGCGAAAAGAAGCACGCCAGGCACUUCUCCCUGGACGUCCACCCUUACAUCCUCAGCAGCAAGAAGCCCAAGCCCGAGCUCCCGCCCAUCGCUGCCCUGCCGGCCUCCAAGAGUCAAGAGGGAGCCUUCCUCACCCAGGGGGAGGACCACAGAGGGACCCGAAACACGGCGCCUGCCAAAGAUCCCCCUGGCCCCGAAAAGGAAAUCCUGUACCCGGCGGAGCCGUGCCGGGCCAUCCCACCCCCUCCAGGAUCCUUCCACGCCUGCCCGCCUACCACAACCGCUGGGGUCCCCGGGCCCCCACCCAGCGUCGCCCCCGGCCUCGUGAAGCCCGAAUCCAUGGCUGCCCUGAGCCACAACUCCACCCACCCCCUGCUGCACAUCAACACCUUGUACGAGGACCACCGGGCAGAGGAGGAGGAGGAGGCCCCACCUCGAGCCUCUCCGGACAUGGCCGACCUCCUCAGCAUCCCCCCCCCCAAGCAGAUUCUCAUCGCCACCUUUGAGGAGCCCCGGACAGUUGUGAGUACUGUGGAGUUUUAGAGCCGGGCCACGAGGGUCCCGCCCCCCAGCCUCCCCAGGCCUCCCAGACCCCCGGCUCUGGUCCUGGGUCGUCCUCCGGCCCGGCCCCUACCCCAGCCCCAACCCGACCGGAAACUGGCCACUGCAUGACCUCACCAAGAUUCCCCGAAGCCCCAGACCCAAGCACGAGUCUCCCACUGCCAGUGCCCGCGGGCGACUAGGGAUCCCCUCCUUCCCCCCACGGCCUCAGCCCCCCGGGGACCUCUGCCCCUGCUUAGCCACGGCUGCCUUGGUCCCCCGACCUCCACUGUCUGGGAACUGGGGGGCGGCCCGUCCGCAGCCACUGUGGUUCUCGACAUGCACUUUAGCCACCACCACCACCCAGAGCCGCCCCCCCCCGGGCCUCGCCCGACCCCGCCUGGCCAGCCUGCGCUUCCAACGAGGGUGUCCGAGACCCCGGGCCAACCUGUGCUUCCCGCCCAGCCCAGGCUCGGGCCAAGCCCAGAAGGGCCCCCCUUCCCCACGGCCUCACCAACACCACAUAUGCAAUACC